AUGAACGAUGGACACUCGACAGACAGGAGGAUGUCAAUCGAAUGCCGCCGCUACAACGAGACUUCGAUUGCUGUCACUGGACGGCGGGGGUAUCGGGGGCCUGUCCAGCCUGCUCAUCCUGGAGCACCUCAUGGAACGCAUCCGCGAGCCGAGGGCUUGGCCAAAGUACCACGUCCUUGCGACCGCUUCGACAUGAUCGGCGGCACGAGCACUGGCGGCCGCAGAAUCAUCGCCAUCAUGCUUGGCCGUCUGCGCAUGACGGUCGACGAGUGCAUCCGCGCGUACCGAACGAUGGCCGAGCGGGCCUACUAG